GGAAAGCCAGGAGAACCAGGACCACCAGGAAGAGAGGGAACACGAGGACUUCCGGGUUUCAAGGGCCACAGAGGUGAUGCUGGUCUUCCUGGGUCCAGGGGGGAGCCCGGUGUACCAGGACCUCCAGGGCGAGAAGGAACAUCAGGAAAAGAUGGAGACCCUGGACCACCGGGACAUCAGGGGCCGAGAGGAAUCCGCGGACCCACCAGGUAAGAAUGGAGUAGCUGGCCCUCCAGGGAACACAGGACCUCCGGGCAUGAUGGGCCCCAAAGGAAGCAAAGGUGACACAGGUGCUGCUGGAAUCCCUGGAUUUCAAGGACCUAAAGGGCCACCGGGAGAAUCCGGGGAGAGUGGUCCACCUGGUAAAGAGGGUUCUGUUGGAAAAUCAGGUGAUCCAGGACCUAAGGGAGAGAGGGGAGAGCCAGGUAACAAAGGAGAUAAAGGCAUGCAAGGAGAGAAAGGUCCACCAGGAGAACCUGGAAAACCAGGACACAAAGGUCACACUGGACUCAUGGGCCAAGCUGGCCCACCAGGGGAAAGAGGAAUAUCGGGCCCACCCGGGUCACCAGGAGUUCCAGGGCUGACUGGGCCAAGGGGGGAACCUCCUUCAAUGGAAACACUAAGGAGACUUAUUCAGGAGGAGCUGGGAAAACAGCUUGAUGUAAAAUUAGCCUACCUCAUGGCUCAGAUGCAGCCAGCACAUAUCAAAUCAGCUCAGGGGAGGCCAGGAGCUCCAGGAUCUCCUGGGAAGGAUGGAAUUGAUGGCAGGCAAGGACCACCAGGAGAGCCGGGAAUACCAGGACUUAUGGGACCUGAAGGGCCAGCAGGACCAAUGGGUCCAAAAGGUGAAAGGGGAGCUAAGGGUGAGAGAGGAGAAUUCGGAGUUGGACAGAGAGGUGAAAUAGGUCCUCCAGGAAUCCCAGGUAUUCCCGGAGAACCUGGCUAUGCCAAAGAUGGAAUCCCAGGUAUCUCAGGUCCUCAAGGUGAACCAGGGAUACCAGGACUGCUGGAGCUCAAGGCCCUCCAGGCCCCAAUGGACAGUGCGACCCAUCACAAUGCGCGUAUUUUGCUAGCCUGGGAUCCAGACCUGGUAAUGUCAAAGGGCGGU